AUGGCAGGGGGCGGGGGUGUUUGUAGAAAUGACAAGGGGAAGUUUAUUUACAAUUUUGCUUAUGGUUAUGGUCCUUCGAUGACGAACACUGGCGUUGAAUUCAGGGCGGUUCAUGAUGGAAUCCUUUUAUGCUUGGAAAGAGGUUUCUCCCAAAUCAUUAUCGAGUCGGAUUCAAAUCUGGUGAUUAAGGUUUUCAAUAACGAGGCUAAGACUGCCUGGGUUUGGAAAGGUUGGAGAACCCUUAUCGACAGGCUGCGAGGUCUCGUAACAGUGAAUUUUGUACACACCUUUAGGGAGGGGAACGGCAUGACUGAUGCUCUUGCUCAGAUCGGCAGCUUUUCUUAG